GUUUGUUUGGAGGAGGUGCUGGAACUAUUGCGCCGGCUGCAGUCUCCGGCGGCUUGUUCGGCGCAGCACCAAUUUUGUCCGCCCCGGCGAAGAAAGUAGAGCCAAACGACAGCAACCAACCGCCUCAGCUCGGGAACAAAAACCAGCUCACCUCCGGUUUGCUCCCGCUGCCGGAUAGCACGAGUACCGGCGGUGAUGUGUUCAAUAACAAUGCAGAAAUCAAGAAAGACCCCGAAGACGACAAAAACUCCCUUGUCCCGACCAAACUGAGUUUCAACCUCAACCAAAACACCCCGGAAGCGAAGUCCUCGUCUCUCUUCGGCGGAGGUGGGAACCGGAAAUUUUCCGGCGACAGCGUCUUCGGUGGAGGAGGUGCAUCCUCAAACAGUAGCAACCCAUUGGCGCUCACCAACGGAGCUGCAAGCGGAGACCUCUCUGCGAAGAAUAAAUCUUCGUCCUUUGCUGGGGUAGUUGAUUCUCCGGUGUUCGGGUCCGCAUUAAAGGAAAAAGAGGAGCAAUCGGACAGAAAUCUGGCCAACGCCCUGGCUGGAAAUCUGCUUGGAGGAGGAGCAUCUACUUCUUCGCAGCCUUCUUCUUCGCAAGGAACAGCGUCUGGUGCAUCUUCUGUUCCCGCCAGUGCAAUGACUUCCACCGAAGGCAGCAACUUACGCAAGAUGAUGCCGCCGCCGGUAUUAAUGAAGAACACCAACAAAAAUACGAACGCUGUAACUUCUGCUGCUCCUACCUCCAGUGCUUGUUCAACUUCCAAAAACGCCGCGGCCAACAGCCUGAUCGAGGAUUUGGAAAAUCCGAUCCUGAAGAAGGUUUUCCAGACCAUGGAAGCGAAGAUGCAGGAACUGGAGCAAACGUUGAAUAAUGUGGACUGCAAUUACCUCAGCUCGACCAUGAAUAACCGGAAACUGAUCGAGAACCAGAAGGAAGAACUAACCGAGGUCGAAGCCUUGACCAACACGGUUGCGAGCAAGAUGAAGCUGCUAUCCCUAGAUGUGAUUGGGACGGAGUUGGAUGAUUUGAAUCGGGCGAAGAUCAUGCAGGAAUUGGAGAUGGUACGGAAUCGGACGGUAUUGCUCACGGAAUUGCAGCUGCAAAAGAACAUGUCGAAGAUACUGGAGGUGGACGAUAAUUGUUCUGCUACAACUCGUCCUUCAUCCAAAAACGGCUAUGAUUUCCUGUUCGGCGAGGAGGAAGAUGGAAGUGAAGAAGCGGCGUCCACUGCUGGCCGCGCCGGUUCAUCUGAGCAACAGUCGACUAGUACUUCUCUUUUACGACAUCAGCAUCCAAAGAACACAAGGAACGUCAUCAAACCCUCCAGCAAAGCGACGACGGUGCGGGAAGCGGAGCACAUGGCGAUUCUUUAUAAGCGGUUGAUGACCCUGGAAAGCGCAGUGCAGGGCUUGGAAUGGAAACUCGACGAGGAGAGGAACUAUGGUUACAAUGCUAGUGGUGGUGGUCCUACUGCUGGAGGAGCAUCCUCCACUUAUGGAGCUGCUCCUCGCGGCUUCGACAACUUCCAGAAGCCCGCGCGCCGCCCACAACUGUAUCAGAGUUCGAAACAGGAGAGCAAGGGCUCGGACAUGGUCGUGGAUCAGGAGUUGCCGCACUGGCGCCUGCUUCCGGAGGACGACUUGGUGCUUUCGGGGCACGGUACCACAGCGGGCUCGAAGGACACGCGGGGCACAAGGACGCCCCCAAGCGAACAGGAUUUUGCGCAGCAUCAGAACGAUGGUGGAGGCAAUUACACAACUUCUGCAACGAGGAACAGAAUGCCGUUUUUGCACGACCCACUGCUGACGAAAGCGCAGGGAAACAGUGUCAACAAAUACAGCAACGCGGCGAUGGCGGGCCCCCCGGGAGGAGGUGGCACCACUUCCAACGCCGCUAACACGGGGUCCUUCUUCAUUGACUUCUCGCUGCAGGUGGAAGAAAUGCUCACGGAGAUGGUCGAGACGCAGGAGGACGACCCGGAGCUUCACAAAAACCCGUUGCGGCGACGAAACAAGAAUCUGAAGGGCCGGGACUUGCUCGGCGCCGCGGCACAGGCGACCGCGCCGAGUGUUCUGCUGAACGGAGCAGGAAAUGCUGGGCAGCACGCGGCGCGGAAGAACAACCCUGGAAUUAGUACGACUAAAACCUCAGCUGCCACGCGGAAUGGUGCGCGAACCAUCACGAGCAUCCUGUCCAAAGGAACACCGGGCAACACGCACCACAACAGCACCACAGCGGAGCAACCGCGCGGCUUCGGUUCCCCAAGACCACUGUCCGCGCGUGGCGCAUCGGGGCUGAUGAAUGGAAGUGGUAAGGCAAGGGGGGCGGGGACGAUGAAUUACCAGCAUGACGGCCUUCCUGGUGGUGUGACCAAUAACAUCACCUCCGAAGACGAUGUUUUGCAACACUUGCAGCGGAGCCUGCGUGCGGUCGCUGAGACUGAAAAAACUUCAAGACGGAAAAACAAUAAACUUGCAGCCUCUAGCAGAAACAAGGUCGGUAACAAAGACACGGGCAUGAGUGGAAGUGGAGCCGAAGAGGAGCAGGAGGAAAGCAGUAGCACUAGCUUACAUGCCCUGGAGAAGGAGCUUCAAUCGGUCGUGGAUGCCAUUGGAGAGGUUGACGACAUGCCCACGCGCAUCCACAAGCAACUGCAGGCCUAUUUGCAAUGCGGAUCAUCGACUUCCGGCGCUGCAUCCGUUUGUAUGAAUGGCACGUCGGGCGGUGGUGGCGUAAAGCCGAAAAAGAUCACCGCGGAUGGCUGCGCGGCUGCGCAAGAAGAUUCCUCUGCUGCAGGGGCAGGCAUGAAAAAGAAUGUCGCUGGCGGGGCCUCUUCUUCUUCCACCUCCUCCGCAGAUCAUGUGAGCACUUCCAAGAUGGUGGCCAUAGGAAUGCCUCCUCCGGGUGGAUUGAUGCAAAACAACUUCACUUCUUCGAUGGCCUCCACCUCCACGAAUGGCAAGAUGAACUUCGGCGCCAGCAACAGACUACACGGCUCCUCGUCUCUAUUGCACGGCUCUGACCAAAGCAAUUACACGGGCAACAACUCAGAAACCGACUCGGUCUCCAGCUACAACACGCACGUCACCAUGAUCCAGCGGAACCAGCGCAACGAGAGCCAGAGCCCGAAUCCCCGCGGCGAUCAGCAGUUCAGCAACAACUUCACUAGCGGCGCGGCCACAGGAACGACCGCGGGUGGCCACCACCAAUUCGGCAGCGGAGCAGCUGCCCCCGGGAGUAGCUCCACGACGUCCGGCGCCCAGGAUCCGACUUCCAACAGCGAAUUGCUCAAGCAGCUUGUCCCAGGGGGCGUCGGCACGCCGACGUUCGGCUCGCGGCGGCAUUCGCACGACUCGGAGCAGCUGCAGCUUCUGGACCAAAUGGCGCGGGCGAGAAGUCAGGACUCUAUCGGCACGGCGGUCCUGAACAUGAACACUGGCGGAGGCGGUGGUGUGAAGACGAAAAUGCAGCCGCCGGCCCUGUUUCCGUCGAACAACAAUUCUGGUGCAGGAGGAGCGGCGAGCAGCUCUAGUACUGGUUCAGCAGGAGCAGGAGCUCCUGCGGGGGGAUCUUCACGAUCAGCAUCUCAAUCGACCCACGUCCCCUUUGCCGGCAACAUCAAUGUGAACUCGCCCACGCCCGGGCAAAAGGGGUCCGCAGGGGGAGUAGACCAGCAGCACCAGCAAAUCAAGAACACGAAUUCCCCGGACAGUUUGUUCGGCGGCGGCGGGGGUCCUUCUGCCACGACGAGUGCUGGAUUGAACGCGAACAAGCAGCAAAUUGUGUUUAACGCAACCUCGCGGAAGAGCCAGCAAUUGAACGCGGGGGAGAAAACAGAGGACGAGCGCAAGUCCGAAAUAAGGACGAGUCAAACCGGGAUUGUCAGUUUCGCCGCCACGGGGAAAGUCUCCAAUUUGGAACAGAAGAUCUCGGAGUUAACGAAAGCAGAUGAGCAAAAGGAACAUCUUCAAAUAGGGGGCGCAAUUUCACUAACUACUGGCGGUCUCGUGCCAAAAACCGACAGUUCGCAGCAGCAAGCCUUAUUGCCGUCGUUCGGCGGCAGUUCCUCUCCGUCAGCCGCGUUGAAGAAGACGACUUCUGUUGCUGAAGGGAACAAGAACGAGAAAGCCGCUAGUGCUGGUGCAAGUGGUUUAUUUGGGCAAACAAGCGGCACCACAACUAGCGCGACUGCGACAACGGAAAGUAGCACGACCUCCAAGCCGGCAACUACUAGUGGUGGCUUGUUUGGAGGUGGAGGUUCCGCACCAGCUGGAUCUGGUGAGAAGAAGGACGCAACUGCUACUGCCACCGGUCUUUUUGGUGCCUCUUCUACGUCCUCCGGCGCAAGCACAGGUGGAUUGUUUGGUGGUACUACAACCAGCACCCCGCAGAAAGACAAAGAUACGACCACGAAAAGCGGUGAAGAAAGUAACAAACCCGGUGGAGGUGCGACCACAGGAACAAAUGCAGCGGACGCUUCCAAACCCUCCCCAGUGUUCAACACGCCUCCGCCUUCGGGCGCUGUGAGCAGUACUACAGUUGCUGGGACAACUGCAACUUCUGCCACAACCUCAACUGCUGCACAGCCAACCUUUUCCACCCUGCUUGACAUGGUCAAGUUCAAGAUGGAGGCGAUUUACCAGCAGCACAACCCGGAGAAAAUUGCGAAAAUUCCGGACUUGCUGAAAAAGUACCAAGCCAAUCCUAUGCAGAUUUACAACAAGCUGUGCGAUACGUACAAAGUCGCGAAGGAGGACUUGCAGACGCAGUUCAAUAACCAGCAGGCGGGAGCAGGCGGGGGUGCAGCAGCGGGAUCAUCUGCCACUCCUCCCGCCAGCACUGGAGGUGGCUUGUUCGGAGCAGCGCCGGCCCCCGGCACACCUGCGCCAGCUGCCGGCGGUGCCCCGGCCACUGCAACAGCUUCCGGUGGUGGGUUGUUUGGCACAGGAGUAGGCGCAGCGACGACUACUACGGCUACGGGCGCCAGUACGACUACCGCGCCACAGGCUGGAGGUUUGUUCGGCGCGGGAAGUGCGACUACAGCACCUGCCGGCGGUGGGCUCUUUGGCGCAGCAGCGACAUCAGCGCAACCUGCAACCACCGGAGCAGGAGCGGGAACGGGGCUUUUCGGGCAGCCGCCACAGCAAGCAGCGACCGGCACGACAGCAACGGCAGGGGGGUUGUUCGGAGGAGGCUCUACUCAACAGCAGCAAACGCAGCCCACUGGUGGACUGUUUGGGACCACAACGACUGCGGGUGCGGCUCCAGUAGCACAGCAGCAGCCACUGUCGCAUGAGGAUCAAGUGAAGUUGAUCUACCAGAAGUACAAUCCCUCGAAAAUGGCGGAAAUUCCCGGGAUUUUGCAAAAAUACGCGGGAAACACGGCUACGCUGAUCCAAAAACUAGUGAAAAAGUACAACGUGCAAGCGGCGGAUCUGAUGCAACCGGGCGCUAAUCUCCUCGGAGGAGGUGCAGGAGCCAGCAACAUGAUGACAGCACCGGCGGCGGCACAGCAACCGGCGCAACAAGGAGCUGGACUGUUUGGGUCCGUACAGCCCGGGGUAGGGGCCGGAGCGAGUCCGUUUGCCAUGGGCGGAGGCGGGAUGAGUGGCGGGGGUGGUGCGCCGCAAGCGCAACAAGGUGGUUUGUUUGGCAAUAACACUGCCGCGGUUCCGCAAAACAACCAAACGGGUCUGUUCGGCGGCCAGCAGCCCGCAGCGCAACAGCAGGGAGGAGGGUUGUUCGGGAACGUAACAGGGCCGACCGCUGCUCAACCGCAGCAGCAGACCGGGGGCUUGUUUGGCAGCGUCGCAUCUGGGCAGCAGCAGCAGCAGCAGCAGGGUUCCGGGGGUCUGUUCGGCAAUAAUAAUGGUGUGGGCGGCGCGACGCAGCAACCGCAGCCGCAACAAGGUGGGCUUUUCGGUAAUACUAUGUCAACAUCUUCGCAGCCGGCGGCGCAGUCGCAGCAAGGCGGUUUGUUCGGGGGUGGAGGUAAUGCAACACCAGGCCUCGCGGCCCAACAACCGCAGCAGCAGACGGGUGGCCUCUUUGGAGGUGGAAAUAACCCAGGAGGGCAACCGCAGCAGCAACAAGGCGGGGGACUCUUCGGGAACGCAGGCCUUCAGCAGCAACAGCCACAGCAAACCGGGCUUUUCGGAGGAGGUAACAAUACUGCCAAUCAGCCGCAGCAGCAACAGGGGUUGUUUGGAAACGCCGGUCAGCAGCAGCAGCAACAGCCGCAGCAACAAAGCGGCCUGUUUGGAGGUGGCCAACCGGCACAGCAGCAGCAAGGCGGUCUGUUCGGAGGCGGUGCGAAUGCUACAUCAGUCUCCGGCGCACCACAACAGCAGCUGCAACAAACAGCGACUUCUGGCGGGGGUCUCUUUGGUGGAGCUAGUACUGCUCCAGGCGGGAACACAACUACCCAGCAAGCCGGCGGUCUUUUCGGCGCCGCGCAGCCACAACAGCAGCAGCAACCAACGAAUGGCUUGUUUGGGGCCCCCGUGGGCAGUACAACGGUCAGCCAACAGCCCCAGCAGCAGCAACAAGGCGGCCUUUUCGGUGGCGGCAUGAUGAAUGGUACGACCCAGCAGCAACAGCCGCAAGGUGGGGGGCUCUUCGGUGGAGGGGCGCCUGCCACGCAACUACAGAAUAACAAUCAGUCCGGAGGAGCAGGUGGUGGGGGCCUGUUUGGCAACACGGCAGGCUCGGCCUCGACCAGUCCGUUCGCCAUGGGCAGUAAUCCAACUGGAGCCGCAGGUAACAACACCGCAGGAGGACCCUCACCGUUCAGUCAACCGACCUAUGGCGGCGCGAGUUUCUCUGGGUUCAGGUGAUAAGAACGCAGGAGGGUGGUCGUUUUCGGAGCAAAAGAAAAAUGCUGCGCCACCAAGAUGAACUUGAAAUAGAGGUAGACCAUGAUGUUAUUGUGAUUUGGAAUAUCACUUUGGCUGCAAAGAAGAUACCAGAUUCUUCAACUUGAUAGCGGCCACACCUGCCGAACGGUCGAUCAGCGAGAACAGCGGAGAGUAGAGCUGCCUGUUUUACUUUCUUCAUAUAUGGUCUGGUCCAGCACGACCAGUACUCUAUUGUAUGGAACAACUAGAUCAGAGAGACAGAGAACAGAGUCUGAGUCGGAGUAGACUAGCACCAGCGCAUUAGAUUUAUUUUCCAAGAAUAUCAUGCUGUUGCUGACGAUUACAGCAGCAGCAGGAGCACAG